CAGGAUUUUCGGGCGCCGUCCCUUUCUCCGCAGGAAGCCGCAACCGCUGAUUCGCCGGGAAGUACCGCUAUGACGUCAGUAGGCUGUGCUGGAAGCUAUAUGCGCGGAACCAGUGCUCCUGUAUUCAGUUCAGUCUGUGACGCCGCUGUCGAAAUGCAGGGGAUGAAAGCGGCGUUGGUGGCGGUGCUGACGCUCGUGGGAACGGCGAUGUCGCAGUACCAAUCGUUCUACGCAGGCGGUGGCUGGUCGUAUCCGGGCCCACUGCCGCAGUUCGCCGCGGCCAACUCUGAGGAAGGCCUUGAGAACCGUGUUGGUGCGACGACUACUACUACCACGCAGUCGCCUGAACAGUUCAUCUCUUCGCAAGUCGGUGCCUGGCCAGAGGACCGUCAACCAUUCUGGUUCGUCAACAGGGAGCACAUUCAGCAGCACCUCGGACGUCCACAGCCUCAAGGAUUUCCGCAGGGGCAAGGGACACAGCGGCAGCCACAGAAUCAGCCGGAUACGCAGACACAAAGGCCAGACACUCAGCGUCAACCACAGAACCUGCCGGAUUCACAAACGCAGCCUCAGUCGCAACCUCAAGAUCUGCCGAACGCACGUUCGCGGACACCAGUCACCCAGACCGAAAUCCGAAAACAACCUGAAAUAGGGUCACAGGCAGAAGACAAUCAGUCGCAAGUGCAGAACCAGCUGGAAGCUGAUCGGCAGUACCAGUUGUGGCUACAGAACCAGUUCUUCGCUCGACGUCCGCAGCAGUGGUCGGCACAGAAUCAGCCCGGCAUACAGACACAAAUUGCUCAGGAGCCACUCCGGUGGCGGGGUCGCCCUGGUACCAAGACCAUUUACAGGCGACAAUAGGGACUGGCACUAUCCACUUUCCUCAUUUUAUUCCACAUUAUUGAAACACAAGUCCUAUCGGAACGAGUAAGAAUCUUGACAGUAGUAUAAAAUGCUUUAUUUACUUUCUGUACCAAAAAGUUAGACACGCGCCAUUAUUGUGAAAAUGUUGACAAUUCACCUUAAUAGAGUUGGUAAUAAAGAUACUAAUAGAAUUAGAUUGGUGUUUACAGUUUCCCUAAAUUACUUGAUGUGAACUUGAGGAUGGUUACUUAAGUAUGACAUCCCCACCCUUGGCCAAUGUGAGUUUGUGCUGUAACACGUGUAAUAAAUAUGUCAACGGUAUAUGAAA